AUGGCGUUACAGGCGUUAGCUCUCCCGAGCAUCGCCGCCGUCACGACGGACAUAUGGCCGUCUAUGCUCAACACUCUGACAAUACCAUUUCGGGCGCCGUCAUCACCGGCACGCAACCCGCCGAAGACAGUUCCGAGCGCAUCCAUCAGCCCGUCUCGACCAGAGCCAAAUGCAGUUGUGCCAACACAGCGACAAAACCUCAACUUACCUGAAUUCCUUCGUGAUCCUCGUCUUGACGCAGCCAUGGCGGCGAGCUUUGCGCCUGCCACAAGGCAUAUCUCCACACCCUUCAAUAUCCGAACGUCCAUCUCGAGUAUGUCUGCUGGCGCUCUUCUCGCCUCCAACCCUGUCGCUCGUCGGUUCUACUCGCAGCCCCCGGUCUCUCGAUCGCUGUCUUCGAUGCGGAUGGUACGUCCGUCUCUUGCGACUCCUCUGCUCAAGGUUCUCGUUUCUGCACAAAGGUCAUACCAAACCGGCGGCUUGUCCAGGAACCUGCUCGCUCAUAUGGAAGAAUCCGCAAACCGGAACCCGAGCAGCGCAACGGCUCAGAAUGCUUUUUAUCAGGCUUUGCUGAAGGCCAACAUGCCUGCAAUCAUUGUCGAGAGAUAUCGAUCCGGCCGAUUCGCCACUAACGCUGCGGCCGAUGAGGCUUACCAGAAGGCCCUAGGCACUUUGAGUCCUGUUGGUGCACAAGCCAACAACGGCAACUUUGAAGAGAACCUCCCGUCUGAUUUGACUCCAACCCAGCUCCAGGCUGUCAAGCAAGCCUUGGCUGCUCACUCCCGUGGUCAGAACAUUGCCAUCACCAAGGAUUCUUCGGCAGGAAAGGGCGGCCCUCUACAUGUUGUUGUUGACGAGACUCUGGGCAGCUCUCUCUUCCGUUGGAUCAAGUUCAUCCUCUGGUUUGCUCUUUUUACUUAUCUGAGCCUGGUCGUUAUUACGAUGCUUGUCGAGAGUCUGAGCGUUCUGAAGCGCCCCGGCGGAAAAGUUGACAGUGAAGCCAAGGCUGAGAACCAGAAGACCCGGUUCUCCGAUGUUCACGGUUGUGAUGACGCCAAGGAUGAGCUGCAAGAAAUGGUGGAUUUCCUUAGAAACCCUGACAAGUUCUCGACUUUGGGUGGAAAGCUCCCGAAAGGUGUCUUGCUCGUUGGCCCACCAGGAACUGGAAAGACUCUGCUGGCGCGAGCUGUUGCUGGCGAGGCUGGUGUACCGUUCUUCUACAUGUCUGGCAGUGAAUUUGAUGAAGUCUACGUCGGUGUUGGUGCCAAGCGAGUACGUGAGCUAUUCGCUGCCGCCAAGUCCAAGUCUCCGGCGAUCAUCUUCAUUGAUGAGCUGGACGCCAUUGGCGGUCGUCGUAAUGCCCGUGAUGCCGCCUAUGUAAAGCAAACCCUCAAUCAACUAUUAACCGAGUUGGAUGGAUUCGAGCAGAACAACGGUGUCAUCAUCAUGGGCGCCACAAACUUCCCCGAACUCCUGGACAAAGCCCUCGUUCGGCCGGGUCGUUUUGAUCGCACUGUCAACGUGGAUCUCCCUGAUGUUCGCGGCCGUCUUGCCAUUCUUGAGCACCAUGCAAAGAAGAUCAAGGCUGCCAAAGAGGUUGAUUUCAAGGCUCUUGCUAUGAGCACCCCUGGUCUCUCGGGAGCUGAACUGGAGAACAUUAUCAACCAAGCUGCAGUCCACGCCAGCCGAGCCAAGUCUCAGUUUGUAGGCCUGAACGACUUUGAAUGGGCCAAGGACAGGGUCAUCAUGGGUGCCGAAAAGAAAACCAUGGUUAUCACGCCAGAGGAGAAGGAGAUGACAGCGUAUCACGAAGCCGGACACGCACUUGUUCAACUCUUCUCACAACAUGCCGGCAGCUCGCUAUACAAAGUUACGGUUCUUGCUCGUGGAGGUACUCUGGGUCAUACCGCAUUCCUCCCCGAGAUGGACAAGCAUUCGUAUUCUAUGCAAAACUACUCCGCCCGCAUCGACUCUGCCCUAGGCGGCAAGCUUGCAGAGGAAAUUGUCUACGGCCUCGACAAGGUUACAAGUGGAGCCAGUUCCGAUUUGCAAGCAGCCACUUCAGUAGCUUACCAGAUGGUUGCUCAGAUGGGCAUGUCCCCUAAGCUCGGUCACAUGGAGUACGCAACGCGAUACCGGGAACUCAGCGGUGAAACCAAGGCCCUGAUCGAGUCUGAAGUCCAGCGUCUCCUCAACGAAUCUUACGAAAGGUGCCGCAAAUUGUUGACCGACCGCCGUACGGAGCUCGAUCGCUUGGCACAAGCGCUGGUUGAAUACGAGACCCUGAGCAAGGAAGAAGUCGAGAAGGUUAUUAAGGGAGAAAAGCUUGCGGAUCGGAUGCCCGCGCCUAAAGGUCCAAUCAGAGUGCCCGUGCCAGAACAACCAGGCCCAGUAGGAGUUCCUCUACCUCCAGGCCCUCCGACAGGACCGGCUCCACCGGCACCACCGCCAGCAGGCCCAGGACUAUCUGCUUCCGGACAAGAAAGUUCGACGCGGUGA